AUGCCUGCGAUCAAGAUGUUGACGGAGGGCAACCAAGUGUACGCGCUACCUCGAGCUCAAGGCAACAACCAAGCCACUGUCCGUGUCAUCCUGGAAUUAGAGUACAAGGCCGCCGUUCGAUCCAGCACUCUUACCAACCCCAGGAGUGGCAACAACGACGAAUGCGCACUGACCGCGCGGGAACAACCCGAGAAGAAGAGUGAAUGCAACUGGUGUGGCAACAUCGGUCACUGGGAAUCGGAAUGCCGAAAAAAAGCUGCCGGCAAGCCGAAGUUCAAAAAGAACACGAAGCACUUACACAAUAGAAGUCAAGGCCGCCACCAAGGCCAUCAAGAAACGGCUUACCAUACACAAGACGAUGAUGUGUGGACGUCCACGACCUUCGAUGUGGAAGACUCCGACGAUGCUCAACAAGGCGAGGUUGUCUUCCACACCAUCGACUUCCAAGACCAAGUCCUCGUGGACUCUAGCGCGUCGUCCCACAUGACGGGAGAUGCCACGAACCUGACCGACAUGGGUAUGAUGCCCGUAACCACCAGUGAAGGGGCAACGCUUGUCAUGCACGACGUGCUCCUCAUCGAAAACAUGUCCAUUGCUAUCCGUUACGGCCAUGAUGAGAGCUAA